CAUCAACCAACGCCAUCGGAGAGAAGGCUAAACUGUGUUCAGUCAUUCUCUAUGGUCACCCCUCGAUCUUCGAGGCUUUCGUUCUUUUCUUAAUGUUUCUGAUUUAAACAUGAAUCGCUUCAAUUUCUACUCCCUCUUAUUUCCAUUGUCCUGGGCGGUUGCGGUUUUUGCCGGCCAAACAGCGACCGGCGAUGAGUCCAUCCUAGCCAAAGAGGCCGCAAGAGCCAACAACCAGUCUCUGCUAUGGGGCCCCUAUAAGUCGAACCUUUACUUCGGAGUGCGUCCUCGGAUUCCGGACAGCAUUUCUGCCGGACUGCUGUGGGCAAAAGUGGAUGACUUCGCUACGGCGCAGCAGAACUUCAGACAUACUUGUGAACAAAAUGAAGGAAUGGCUGGUUACGGCUGGGACGAAUACGAUAUCCGGAAGGGCGGCCGCCAAACGAUCCACGACGCUGGAAACUCACUGGAUUUGACAGUUGAUUUCGUUAAAGUCCCUGGUGGAGAGCACGGAGGCAGCUGGGCUGCCCGUGUCAAGGGCGUGCCUCGCGAAGAUGCCCCUCCUGACCAACCUACAACCAUUGUCUUCUAUUCGGCUCUGGAGGGUCUCGGUGACCUGCGUGUUACCACCGAAUCGGAGGACCCUCGGGGAUUCGACGGCGACGUGAGACUAUCUGGAAAUACACCCGACCUUGGCGACUUUUCGAUCGAUGUUACUGCGGGUCCUGAAAGCAAUGAACACCCCGAACACGACCACCCAAGCUACGAGGAUAAGCCAUUGGAUCGCACCUUGGUUUCUAGCUCGACUAUCCAAUCGGAGCACGUUUGGCAAACGAAGGUGAUCUUGUUCUCGCAGAUGAAGGGUGAAGUCAAUGAAAUCAUCCAGAAAUAUGGGCCUGAUAACCCGCCGCCGCCGCCCCAAGUUUUCUCCAUCAAAAACAUUCCUGGCGACGGAAACAUUCAUCUCGUUCAAAAGGUUUUCAAGGGCGAGUUUGAGUUCGACAUUCUGUUCUCUUCUGGCUCUUCGCCUCAGCCUUUGACAUCCGAGAAACUCACCGAAGAGAUUGCGAGCUCCUCUCUGUCUUUCGCCGAUCGAUUUGAAAAGAUUCUUCCCCCGCAGGCUCCCUUCAACUCUAAGGAGUACUCGGAGUUUUCCAAGUCAAUGCUUUCCAACCUUGUCGGUGGCAUAGGCUACUUCCACGGAACGGAUGUUGUUGACCGCUCGGCAGCUCCGGAGUAUGAUGAGGAAAACGAGGGCUUCUGGGAGGAGACGGCAGAGGCGAGGGCCAGAGCCCAUGCCGUUCUCGAAGGACCAAAGCAGCUCUUUACUAGCGUUCCUUCUCGGCCGUUCUUCCCCAGAGGUUUCCUCUGGGACGAAGGAUUUCAUUUGAUCCCUGUUCUUGAAUGGGACACGGAUCUUGCACUCGAAAUUGUCAAGAGCUGGCUCAACCUGAUGGAUGAGGACGGCUGGAUUGCUCGAGAGCAAAUCCUGGGCUCCGAGGCCCGCAGCAAGGUUCCACCAGAGUUUACUGUCCAGUACCCUCAUUACGCCAACCCCCCGACGCUCUUCAUUAUACUAGAGGCGUUUAUUGACCAGCUUGAGGUAAACAAGAACAUCUCGGUGGACCGAUCCCAAGAAGAUCUCACUGAAACCCUUGGAUCGGUUUAUACGCAACAUCCCGAACUGGGUGAGGCAUAUAUUCGUUCAAUCUACCCUCUUCUCAAGAGACACUACUUCUGGUACAGAAAUACUCAAAGAGGAGAGGUCAGUUCCUAUGAUCGGGAGGCGUUCUCGUCUAAGGAGGCAUACCGCUGGCGGGGUCGCUCUAUCCAGCAUAUCCUUACGUCCGGACUAGACGACUACCCUCGUGCGCAGCCUCCGCACCCGGGCGAGCUCCACGUUGAUCUGAUCAGCUGGAUGGGCAUGAUGACUCGCGCUCUGCGCCGUAUUGCAGAGACAUUGGGCGAAACCGAGGACGUUGAGGAGCUCAGAGUAUACGAAACGGCUAUCGAACGAAACAUCGAAGACCUCCACUGGGAUAAUGAGGCGCAGACAUACUGCGACGCAACCAUCGAUGAAUUCGAAGAGAGCGUUCACGUUUGCCACAAAGGAUACAUCUCCCUUUUCCCAUUCCUCACGGGUAUGGUUGGCCCGGACAGCCCUCGGCUCAAGGCCAUUCUCGACUUGAUUGGCGACCCGGAGGAAUUGUGGAGUGACUACGGAAUCCGCAGCUUGAGUAAGAAGGACGAAUUCUACGGAACGGCCGAAAAUUACUGGAGGAGCCCGAUCUGGGUUAACAUCAACUACUUGGUGUUCAAGAACCUAUAUGACAUUGCAACUACGGCCGGCCCCCACCAAGAGCAAGCCCGUGAGUUGUAUUCCAACUUGCGGAAGAAUGUGGUCGAGAACGUCUUCAGAGAAUGGAAGGCCACGGGAUUUGCCUGGGAACAGUACAACCCGGAGACCGGCCAAGGACAGCGGACGCAACAUUUCACCGGCUGGACUAGUAUGGUGGUGAAGAUGAUGUCGAUGCCCGAUCUCCCCGCAAGCAAGAAGUCGGGGCACGACGAGUUGUAGUUGAACAGCAGAGUGUUGUCUUAUAGAUAGAUUGUGGUAUCAAGAACCAAAACGUUUGUGUAUCUGUA